CCACCGCCUUCUGAACCGGAAAUCCAGCGAUAAUCACACGUCAUUCACACCCACCGAAACAAUUGCUUAUCUCCUUCCCCUUCCCACCUUCCAAGACACUUCUGUCUUCUGUGUACAUAUAGAGGGUGAUUUCUGAUUAAACGAAAGGAUUGAUUGUUUUGGUAGAUUCAAGAAAGUGAACAAGAUGAUGGGUAAUGGAGAUCUGGAGAGAGGGGGAGGAACAAAGGGCAGAAAUAGCGCAUACCCACCAAGAAACUAUGCAGCAGUACCGCCAUCAUCAUCAGUGUACUAUGUGGAAACCUCGGAGAAACAGUGGACAUCCUGGCUGGUGCCCAUGAUUGUGGUGGCUAACGUUGCUAUGUUUAUCGUCAUCAUGUUUGUGAAUAAUUGCCCUAACAAUGAUGAGAGGAGAAGGUUUGGGAGGAAUGGGGAGUGUGUUGCAAGGUUCCUCGGGAGGCUCUCUUUUCAACCCCUAAGAGAAAAUCCCCUUUUUGGGCCCUCUUCUUCUACACUGGAAAAAUUGGGUGCACUGGAAUGGAACAAGAUAGUGAAUGAUCAUCAAGGAUGGAGGCUUUUCACUUGCAUAUGGUUGCAUGCCGGGGUUGUCCAUUUGCUUGCUAACAUGUUGAGCUUGAUUUUUAUUGGAAUUCGCCUUGAGCAGCAAUUUGGAUUUGUGCGGGUAGGUCUAAUCUACCUGCUGUCAGGAAUAGGCGGGAGUGUUAUGUCUUCCCUAUUCAUUCAACACAGCAUUUCUGUCGGAGCUUCUGGUGCAGUCUUUGGGCUUCUUGGAGCAAUGCUGUCGGAGCUGAUUACUAACUGGACAAUUUAUGCCAAUAAGGCUGCCGCUCUUUUUACUCUCGUCGUUAUCAUUGCAAUCAACUUGGCUGUUGGAAUUCUUCCUCACGUUGACAAUUUUGCCCAUAUUGGAGGUUUCAUUAGCGGGUUUCUUCUCGGCUUUGUGCUGCUACUGCGUCCCCAGUUUGGUUGGCUUGAAAGGCAAAAUCUUCCGGCUGAAGGCCGACACAAGUCCAAGCACACUAUAUUCCAAUACGUUUUCUUGGUGGUUGCCUUGAUUUUAUUGAUCGUUGGAUUUGCGGUGGGGUUGACGAUGCUCUUUAGAGGAGAGAACGCAAAUGAUCGUUGCAGUUGGUGCCACUAUUUAAGCUGUGUGCCCACGUCGAGAUGGCAGUGCGAUAAUAACUGAUAUUGAACACAAAAUCAGAUUCUUUUCAUACCAACCUUUGAUCUUCUAUUCUUUUUUUCGUUUUGUAUCAUAGAUUAAACUAUAUAUAUAUAGUUGUGAUUAUAUGCUUAUACUACUGGUGUACAUGUGUGGAGACUAGAAUGACUGGUGAUCACUCAUGUUGUGUGAACAAAUUUAAAAUCUGCUUGUAUAUCUACAGCGGACCGACCUGCUUUAGUUUGCAUCUAUAUAUAAUGUAUAAUAUAUCUUUAAUGUUCUGUU